AUGUCUGCUGAAGAAGACCUGAUCGACUACUCUGACGAGGAGCUCCAGACUACAACUGCGCCAGUUGCAGCUGCAGCUGCCCCCGCUGCCGCCAAUGGUGGCGCCGACAAGCAGGGCGAUCUGACCGUUUCUGGCGGUGGUGAUAAGAAGGGUAGUUACGUCGGUAUUCACUCGACUGGUUUCCGCGACUUUUUGCUCAAGGGCGAGCUUCUGCGCGCCAUUACCGACUGCGGCUUCGAACAUCCAUCGGAGGUCCAGCAAGUAUGCAUUCCAACUGCAAUUUUGAACGUCGAUGUUCUUUGCCAGGCCAAGUCUGGUCUCGGUAAGACUGCUGUCUUUGUCCUGACCACCCUCCACCAGCUGGAAGCGGUUCCUGGAGAGUGCUCUAUUCUUGUCAUGUGCCACACCCGUGAGCUGGCCUACCAGAUCAAGAACGAAUACGCCCGUUUCUCCAAGUAUCUGCCCGAUGUCAAGACUGCGGUCUUCUACGGUGGUACCCCCAUGCAGAAGGACAUCGAGCUACUGUCCAACAAAGAGACCUACCCCAACAUCAUUGUUGCCACCCCCGGUCGUCUGAACGCUCUUGUCCGGGACAAGCAUCUGUCGUUGCGUAACGUCAAAGCUUUUGUUCUAGACGAGUGUGAUCGCAUGCUUGACCAGAUCGACAUGCGUCGCGAUGUUCAGGAGAUCUUCCGUGCCACUCCUGCCGACAAGCAGGUCAUGAUGUUCAGCGCUACUCUUUCCAAAGAUGUUCGCCCGAUUUGCAAGAAGUUCAUGCGCAACCCUCUCGAAGUCUACGUUGAUGACGACAACAAGCUCACUCUGCACGGUCUCCAGCAGUACUACGUUAAGCUCAGUGAGAGUGAGAAAAACCGCAAGCUCAAUGAACUCUUGGAUAGCCUGGAGUUCAACCAGGUCAUUAUCUUUGUGAAGAGCACCGUUCGUGCCAACGAGCUGGACAAGCUGCUCCGCGAGUGCAACUUCCCCAGUAUUGCUGUCCACUCCGGGGUUAGCCAGGAGGAACGUAUCAAACGCUACAAGGAAUUCAAGGAAUUCAACAAGCGUAUCUGCGUUGCCACCGACGUUUUCGGCCGUGGUAUCGAUAUUGAGCGCAUCAACCUUGCCAUCAACUAUGAUUUGCCCGCAGAUGCCGACUCUUACCUCCACCGCGUCGGUCGUGCCGGUCGUUUCGGUACCAAGGGUCUUUCUAUCUCUUUCGUCAGCAGCGAAGAAGAUGAGAAGGUUCUGAAGGAGAUCGAGAAACGGUUUGAGGUCGCUUUGCCUGAAUACCCGGAGGAGGGAGUGGACUCGACAACCUACAUGGCCUAA